CCACCCACCCCGGCCUCCCAACAGUUUUGAACAUAUUAACACUGCACUGCCUGUUAGACCUCCAGGUAGGCGUGGAGGAGGUCACUGGACCUGCAUGGUCAGACCUCAGCCAAGAGGUCUGGGGGACAGGAUUAGGCAGCAUUUGACCUGGUCACUUACCAUGGAAAAGGAGACGAUUAGUAGGGCAGGGAGAGGAGACCCUGAGAGACCAGAGCAGUGAGGAACAGGCCCUGGGCAGCUGGGACCAGGUCAGGGGCAGCCAGGAAUGCUGCUAAAGGGAGGGGGUAGGGAUGAGAAUGGGGUGGGGCUGAAUGAGAGCCAGGUCAACCUGUCCUCUCCCCACAGGGCCCAUCUGAUCACAUGGACCAGGCCCCUGACGGUGGGGUGGACCUAGGACGCCCCUGUCCCCAAGCCCAUGGAGCUAAGGUCUGAUGCCAGCCACAAGGAGAAUGUGUCCCCAAAGCCUACAGCGCUCCUGAAGCCAGAGCAACGGAGGAGGAGCCUGGUCAUUGGCCUGAGCAGUAGUCAUGACCGGUGGGUGUCCAGGUGCCAGGUGGAGAGGGGAGAGCCUGCUGCCACACCCUCUCCAGGGGCAGUGCUAGACCAGGAGCCCUGCCGAGUCCAGACCAACCUGGCCAGCCCUGGUCCCCGUCUGGGCCUAGCCCUGAAGGACACAACCGGCCGACUAGUCAAUUCAAGCUUCUGGCAACAGAGCAACCUGCAGCCCCCGACCAGGAGGCGCCAAGGGAAGGCCCAAGAGUUUGCCAUCCAGCAGAGCAACCUGAGCAUAAGUGGGACCAGCAGCCCCCUCCUCUGCCCAGAGCCGGCGGGGAGCUUUAGGCCCCAUGAGCUCCUCCAGGGACAUCUCCUCUCCCAAGGGGCACUGGCUUGCCCAUCCCCCUAUCGGAGGCAGUCCAGGCUGCCAGCCCCAGGUACCCCUAGCCGGGACUUCAGGCCUGCUGCAGCCUUUGCCCCUCUCGAUGGGCACCCACAGCCGGGCCUCAGAUCCUGGGGUAACCUGGGGAGCUGGACGUCCAGGCUGGUGGAGGAACCUCUCACCCUGGAGGACCUGGCUGAUCCCAGUCAGAACCAGGCUCGGGCCCCAUCCCAUGGCUUCCACCAGCUUCUGGCCUCCGUACAUCGCCUGGUGCCAGAGGCAGCCCAACUCAGCUGUCAGGCAUCCCAGGAACCCCCCGGUGCUGUGCAGCAGGACCUCUGGACCAGCGGCAGCCAGCCACUCUCCGCCCACCCGCAGCCCGGCCAGCCUGUCCUUGCUUCCUGGGAUGAGAGGAGGAGACAACUCCGAGGCCGCAGGGAAACUGCAGCUUCCCUGGAGACCCCAGCUGCUCUCUCAGACUCUUGGGCUCAAAGCAAGCUAAUGUCACCUGAGACCACUUUGGGGACACUGACCGGGGAUUUCCUUAAUCCUGAACAGGGGCUCCCUCCCGCCCAUCCCUUAGGGUCAGGGGACAGCUAUUCCGCGGGGUCACCAGGUGACAGGGCACAGAGGGGUCUCCCUCAAGGCGUAGGGAGCAGGGAGGCCGGCCCCUGUUCCUCAGCCUUCUCCAACACAGCCUGGAGAGUCCCACCCAAGCAGAAAAGAGAGGAGGGGGCCCUGAGGGAGCAGGUCCACAGGGAGGAGGAGAGGACGGCUUCCCAUCUGCCAGACACAGCCCCAGCGAGCAGUGCCUCACAGAACAAGGCACAAAAUAUCUUGGCCCCGGAGUCCGAGGCAACCUGCUGGCAGCCGCUGUCCAGAUACUUUCAAGGCUGGAGGCACUUGGUGGAAAUGCAGCAGGCAGCAGUGGCGGCAGCAGUGGCACUGGGCCACCAGCAGCUGCUGCGAAAGGGCCUUCAGGCCCUGUGGCUCCGGGAGGCUCAGCUGGAGGCAGCCUGGGGGCGGUACACAAAGGCCCUGCUCGCCAGGAGCUUCCUAGAGUGGAACAACCUGGCUCUGCAGCAGAAACAAGGACAGCCCCGCACAUGGGCUGGGUCAGGGUCCCCGCCUUCCAGAAGAGCCCAGGGCCAAGGCCCCUCCUUGGGAAGAAGCACAGUGGCAGACCCCGUCCAGAGAAGCAGGCUGGAACACACCAGUCCAGGAAGUCUGAAGGAGGAGAAGAGAGCUCGGUGGCUUCCGUCGAAUCCUGGACAGAGAACAGGCGGCAGAGGUGAGAGAGUCCAGAUCCUGCGGGCCCUGCAACUAGCUGACUUCUUCUUGUGGUGCCAACAGAAGGAAGGGGCCAGGCAGGAGAGGGAGGAUCACACAGCCACACAAAGGACGGGGAGCUUCCCUCAGGCCUGGCACUCCACUGCUGCAGGUGCAGCCUGGGGGGCCCCACUGAGCCCCCAGCACCAGAGAGUUUGGCUGUGCAGGUGCUUUGGGGCCUGGCAGCGGUUUGCGCAAAGAGGGUCCCGGUACCGAGACCACCUGGCUGACCGCCGGGCCGGGACCCUGAGAACGUGCCUGGAACAGUGGGUGCGGAUGAAGCAGCUCCGGGCCUCAGAUCGGGCAAAGGUAACCCAGCUGUCCCUCUGCCGGCAGAAAGCAGGAUGCGAGGCUCUCUAUGGCACAGGUCCCGAAGCCAGUGGCCUGGGUUCAGUGGGCCAGGCCCAGGGGCUGCAGGAGCAGGCCCAGGGCUCCCUGCAGGAUGCCUGCCGGACACUGGCCCUCCGCCGGGUGUGGCUGCUGUGGAAGAGGUGGCUUUUCCAGUGUCAGUGGGCCAAUGAAUGGGAGAUUGAGUUCUUCCUCCUCACCAACCACCUGGGCCCACUGUGCUCGGCCCCAUGUGUCUGUUUUUGCAGCUACUUCCAGGCCUGGUGUGAAGCUAUAAGAGACACGGGGGUGCUCAGGGCCCAGCAUCAAGCCUUCCAGAUUGGCCUGAGCAGAAGAGCCCUGGGGGCCGCGUUUGCCAAAUGGUGGGAAGCCCAGGCAGCUGUAGCCGGGGCACAGGAGCAGCACAAGGCACAGGAGCAACAUGGGGCACAGGAUUCCCUUGCCCAUUGAAGAAACUGCUUGCAGCAAGGCCAGGAAUACGGGCAGGUGAAGAAGGGCCAGGCGUCACAAGCCUUCGCAGCAAUGCCAGUGGUGGGCAUGCACCAUGAGGCCCAGCAGCAGGCAGGAAGGAGCGCUCGGGCCCAGGCGACCUGGUGCUGGACUCUGUGGGUGCCCGAGUCCUGUCGGGGCCAGGUCAGCCGAGCCCAUGCUUCCUGGAAGCCGGGAGCCUGGGUCCUAGAGGCCUCUUUGCAGUUAGCAGCGCGCAUUGGUUUCCAGCGAGCCAUCCUCACCCAGCUCCGGCAGGCCGGGCUCGGGGACUUCCUGAGGACGGCGCAGCUCAGGGUGCGGCUGGGAUUGCGGGCUGAGGCCUCAGGGGCGGGUAAGACCUGCAGCUGCUGGACACAGGCCACAGAGCCAGUGCCACCUGGGCCAUCACUGCAGUGCAGCCUGGGUGGACAGAGGAAGCCAAGGAGAACGGCCUGGGCCCUAAGGAGACCUUGUCCCCAGGGACAAAGGUGCAGACAGCGUCUCCUCUGCCCUGCCUUCCAGCUCUGGCUGCAGUGGCCUGGACAAUGUAGCUCAGUCCCAGACCUGCCCCUGUACCAGGGACCAAGAUGGCACCCCAGCCCUGAGCCCCACUCCCUCAAAGCCCAAGACGAGGCCCAUAAAAGGAGGCUGGGUGCUCAUUUCUGCAGGAUCCUAGAGGAGCCCCAGGCUCAGGGCUCUGCCCUUCUUCUGGCCCUGAAGGGUCACGAUGCUCUUGGCCUUAAGGAGGAAGUAUCUGCGGCACUGGUACCUUGAGGCACUACUUCAUGGGCUGCAGGGUUCCCAGCAGGUCAGGUGCCUGGCAGAGGGAUGGCAGCACUGGGUAGAUGCCCAAGGGGCAGAGCAGCUGGCAUGGACCCUGCUCAGGGAGUGGCACCUGAGAUGGGCCCGGUGGACGUGGCGGCAGCGGAUCCUGCGACUGGGAGUGGCUUGGCGGUUACAGCGGCAAGAAGAUGGGCCUUUGAGAAGUGGCACCAGCACCUGGCAGCCAGGAGCCCAAGGAGAGGACGUGCCAGUAGCCCAAGACCCUGGAGCAAGCCAGGCCUUAACGCCCCGAGAGCAGACAGGAAGCCACCUCCCGUGGGGUUGGGAGCUUGGGCAGAGCACAGGGCCCAGCUGCCCCUGUGACUUGUUCCCAUAGAAUAAAAAACAGAACUGA